CGAUUCUCAACCUUGAUCAUCUUCCAUGCCUACAUCAGAAAUAGACGACAUUUUUGCUGCCAAAGGAAAGGCGAAAGCCAUAGAACCUGCUCCCCUUCCAUCCCUCAAGGAGAAGAAAGAGAAAAAGAAGAAAAGAAAAGACAGACCCCCCACCAGCGACGAAACGAAGGAGAUCGAUCGGUUUGCAGACUCAAAAACACUGAAAAAACGACCACUCCCCGAGACUGUUGUAGAUCCAUCAUUUACAUCUUCCAGCAGCAGUAAACGUCCAAAGUUGGAUGCCUUAGCUUCUUCACAACGUGAAAAGACUUCCCACGAGACCCGCAAAGGGGAUGAAGCCCGUUUCAAGGAUUCGAGGGGAUCUGGACCUAGACGAAAAACUGACGAUGGAUUCAACAUAUAUAAAGAAGAUGAACUAGGUAUUUCCAAUGCCGGAGGAGACACACCGCUGUGUCCUUUCGAUUGCGAAUGUUGUAUGUAUUCGCUUGUCAAAAUUGUUUCUGUAGGCUCAAUACUUUCCAGGCUUUUGAACGGUAGUCACUCCAUCUGUAGUUUUACGUGCAAGAAGAUACCCGUAUAUUGGCCAUGAUAUUCCGGCGCCAGUUUGCGAUAUGGUCAGACUGCAUACGGCUCUUUUUAAGUCCCAGGUCAUUUUCGCUUUCAUUUGGCUUGAUUGUCAUUAUAACCGCAAAUCCGCGGCAUUUGCCAACAGGCUGUCUCAGGUCAGUGUCAAAGCUUCUCGAUCGAUUUAUCUUGCUCACUUUUCCUCACGCAGAUCUUCAUCGGUCUCGCAUGCCACAAUUUACACAUUUGCAUCUCACAACAGUGCAGGGGGACGCAGUUACCCCGCACAUUUUUAUGUCGGCUCUUUCGAAGCCUCCCAGUUAGCCUUCUGAGGUCAUGAUCUGUGGGGGUCAAUGUGUAGCCAAAAGCGAACCAUACAUCCCUCUCCGUAUUCUCCGAUUCACUUGUUAUCUGAGAUGGCGUUUGUAUUAAUUUACUCUCGAGGGUCACAUCGAUAAUAUAAAAAUGCUAGUCGUUUCAAAC